AUGGAAAGUCGGAGGCCACUUAGGACAAGAGACAAUGUUUUUCUUUUCAAGGGAGAUCAGACUGAAGAUGAGAUACCCGGGAAUCUUACUGAUAUUGACGUGCACGAGUCACUUCAAGAAAUCCCUCCACGAGUCUUUGAGGGCUUCCGUUUCUUGGUGGACAUUCGGCUGCCACAAGGGUUGCGUGUAAUUGGCCCGUCUGCAUUCGAGGAAUGCGUAUCAUUGGAAUAUCUCUCCGUCCCAUCAAGUGUAGAAGCAAUUGGUGAAUCGGCGUUUGGUAGCUGUACUAGACUGAGAGAGGUCGAGUUGUUUGAAGGGCUGAAGAUUAUCAGCAAGAAUAGUUUUUACUGUUGCGAAGUGCUGCAAUCCAUGUCAGUUCCUUCGAGCGUGAAUAUUAUUGGCAGUAGUGCUUUUCAAUCGUGCUCUUCCUUAACUGAUCUUAAGCUACGUGUAGGGCUUGAAAGGAUUGGGGGUCAUGCUUUCGCGAACUGUGACUCAUUGAAAGAGAUGACAGUGCCAUCAACUGUUGUCAGCCUUGGGGAAAACGUUUUCGACAAUUGUAUCCUUCUACAAAAACUCAUUCUGGCAUGUAGGCUUACAGACACGGGUGAAGGUAUGGCUUCGGAAUGCAAGGCGCUUUCCGAAGUGAAAUUCCCCUCCACAUUGAGAACCAUCAAUAGGGAAGCUUUCGCGGAGUGUACCCAUCUCUGCAAUAUCGGUCUGCCAGAAGGGCUCCAGCUCAUUGACGAUGAAGCUUUCUUGUUCUGCUUUUUGAAGGAGGUCGCCCUCCCUUCGACCAUGAGAAUCAUCGGAGUACAGGCAUUUGCGAAUUGCUCGUUCUUGAGAGAAGUCAACUUUGGGGAGGGCCUCAAAGUCAUUUCAGACCGGGCCUUCUGUGGCUGUGCCUCUUUGAAAGGAAUUUCUCUACCAUCUUCUAUUGAACAAAUUAGAGAAUUCGCAUUCGUUCAUUGUUGGAAUUUAUUAGGGGUCGAAUUCCAACAUGGCAAAACAGCCUUUCUCGCACCAGGGGUGUUCAGCGGUUGCAGUGCGUUGGUAACUAUUUCCAUUCCUUCAUCCGUGACAAUAAAUUCCGAAGACGACAUUUUUGAUGGAUGCAAUUCGUUGAUAGGCAACGAAGAUAGUGCGGAUGCAUCGGCUGUACUGCAACGUCUCACAGAUCGAUUUGCGCAUCAUCCAAUCCACAAUGCCUGCUACCGUUCGUCUUUUUCAGAACUCCCAGCUCUUCUGAAGUCUAAGUCUAAGUACGACUUAGUGGAUUGCUAUGGUAUGACUCCCCUGCACAUUGCAGUGACCACAGCAAAAUUACAGAAAAAUAUCUUGCGCUGUCUUCUCGAUGCAUACAAUUAUGAGGUUGUGUGUCGUAGGGAUGAUAGUGGAAGAACCAUGAUUGAUUACUUAUUUACAAACUCCUCAAGGGAGGCCACAGACUCGAUUGAAAUGAUAUUGGACACUUGCAUCCUUUGUCCAUCGUCUGGUUGGGGUCUGACCGACUGGAGGACUGCCAUUCAUGCCGCUGUGGAUCAGUCCUUUUCGGAUGAAGAAGGAUACGAGCUUGCAGAAUUCAUAGAUAUGGAAGGAAUCUUUGCACGAAAUACCAAGAUGGAGAUCAGCUCUGUGUUAGAACUAGCUCUGUGGGGCAAGAGCAUUAAAUAUUUCGAUCGAGGUGACAAGCGGCAGAAGGUCGAUCGCGAGAACAACCGGCUCAUGUGUGGUGCCGAUAUUGUGAUUCCAAACGUGUUGGAGUUCUUUGGAGAUAUUCCAACACUGACAACUUGCACAGUAUGA